AUGCCGCCCCGAAACAAGCAUUUCCGACGGCACGAACCUUUCCAGCAUGACAAGACUUUGACGUUGGAGCGUGCCGAGGGGCCAGUUGGCUGGUUCAAUCCCACCAGGGCCCAUUUUCUCUAUCCGGUCCGAUCUAGAUUGAAAGACGGCGCUGAGACUGGCCACACGAGCGACGAGUCUCCUCACGAAUCACAUCAAAACAUCGCCAGCCAGCCUGAAGCGACGCAGCCUGCGAAGACGGUCAAGUUUCUUUGGCGGUCGCGCGAUAAUCGCAAGGGCCGACAUGCUCUACUCGUGCGGAGACCGGCGCCUGGCGAAGAGUCUCAUUUUGUGACGCCGCGCUGCACGUCCGACCCAAGCGAAGUGCUCAAGAACGUGGUGCGAACGUUCACUUAUUUUCCUAUAUGGGAUAUCUCUUGGCUGGUAGCAUUCAUUUUCACUUGGGGAAGUGUGGUCUGGGUGUUGAAUGGUUUCUUUGCAUGGUUGCCCCUCGAGGCGCCGUCGACCGAGUUUCACAAUGAGAUCCUCUAUGGGGGUGGUAUCACAGCAUUCAUCGGCGCCAUUGUCUUUUUCGAAACGGGAUCGAUUCUUCUGAUUUUCGAAGCCGUAAAUGCUGACAACACAGGCUGUUUCGGCUGGGCCGUCGAACAGCUCAUCGACGAACAACAUGGCGGCAAACCCAAGCUGCAUCUCACCGCCAGCCGACACAACUGUCGACAUCAUCACCAGAACCGGCACAAUUUCGUGGGCAAGGGCGCCAACAUCUUGACUAAAAGCUUUGGGCUGGAGGAAGAGAAGUCGGUGCAAAAGCGGCAAUGGCAAUGGUUUCCGUCAUGGCAUGAUCUUCGCACCCAUUACAUAUAUGAGCUCGGCUUUCUGGCUGGCGUUGCGCAAUUGUUUGGGGCCACCGUCUUUGGAGUCUCCGGAAUAACUGCCCUUCCCGGCAUCAAUAAUCAUCUGACCCAUCAGUAUGCCCUCAACGGGGCGUAUUGGAUCCCCCAGGUCAUCGGGGGCAGUGGGUUCAUUGCCAGCAGUAUACUGUACCUGCUCGAAACACAACAAAAGUGGUACAUCCCUGCAUUGAAGAUCCUGGGCUGGCAUAUCGCGUUUUGGAACCUCAUUGGAGCCAUUGGGUUCACGCUCUGCGGUGCAUUGGGAAUGGCCUAUGGGAACUCGGGGGCCCAGUACCAGGCGAGUCUGUCCACUUUUUGGGGUUCAUGGGCUUUCUUGAUUGGGAGUUACCUGCAACUGUACGAGAGCUUGGAUAAACAUCCGGUCGAGGAAGAAAAAGUCUGA